CCUCCCACCCAAUACCACAUCGCUGAUACAGCCAAUGGACCAGGGAGUAAUAGCAAAUUUCAAGGCUUACUACCUUAGAAGGACCAUACGUGUUGCUUUGAGGGCCAUAGAAGCUAACAAGGAGUUGACACUGAAGCAAUUCUGGAAGGGCUACAACAUUGCAGAUGCAGUGAAGAACAUUGCAAGUGCUUGGGACGAGGUGAAGACGACCACUUUAAAUGGGGCCUGGAGGAAACUGUGUCCACAGUUUGUGCACAGUUUUGAAGGCUUUGACCAGGCAGAAGACGUCGAGACUGUGACGAGGAAGAUCGUAGGGCUAAGCAAGAGGCUGCAACUAGAUCUUGAACCUGAUGAUGUAACAGAGCUGCUGGCUUCCCAUGGAGAGGAAUUGUCUGCAGAGGACUUACUAGAACUUGAACAACAAAUGAUUGAGGAAGAGGAGGCGGCACCAGAGCCAAAACCCAGGUCAUUAACUGUGAAAGGCUUGUCAGAGGGUUUUACUCAUCUGGAGAGAGCCUUGGCUUCUUUUGAGGCAGAAGACCCUAACGUUUCUAGGUUUGACAAAAUCAAGAGAGGAAUCAUGGAUUUGGUGACUUUCUACAAGGAGACCCUGAAGGAGAAGCAGACGAAGAGAAGUGUGCAGUCCAGGCUUGACACUUUCUUUCACAAGUCUCCAGUACCACCACCUCCCACUCCUAGUCCUGAAGUGGUGACAGUUCCAGAUCCCCCUGUACUACCUGUGACAGUUCCAGAUCUCCCUGUACUACCUGUGACAGUUCCAGAUCUCCCUGUACUACCUGUGACAGUUCCAGAUCCCCCUGUACCUGGACCCUCUGUAUCAGCCCGCCCACCUGCACGUGUACAACCAGACCCCUUUGAUAGUGACAGUGACCCAGAUGACCCUGAGCCUUUCCAUGGUUUUGAUGCCUCGCCCUAUACAUCAGAUGUAGAUGUUCCCUCAUCAGUUGAUACAAGUAUCACCUCCCCAGAGCCCAAAUCAGUUUGAUACGAGUAGUAUCACCUCUCCCAUUCCUUCAG